AUUACAGUGACCUUCACAUUGUGGCUAGGUCUAAGAAUAGAUCGACUUUGUUUUAGCUAUUCCAACAUUAUCAUGUACGUGUGCAGAUUAUUUUAAUUAUGCCUACUUUAUGUGAUGCCUUCACUGAAAAUUUAUGUUGUUGGAUUAAAAGUUACAACUUCGUAUUAGGUGUACAUGUACCAGAGGAAAAACAAUUUAGAAGCCGGUUUGCAAAUGAAAAACUCAACUUGCAAAUUUCGUCUGACUAAAAUGUAUUUCAAUUCUCAGUAUUUGCAUUAGGAAAAGUGAGUUUAAAUAAUACAACAAUGUAGGCCUACUGUGAAUAUCGAGCCCUCCAUCCUCAACUCCUCCUGAAAUCCCGAUGAAUAAAGUCACUGAUUCCCGGUGGAUCUAAAUAAUUUUCUAUGAGACCGGGUCGAGUAACAAAGGAGGUGGACUCCCUCCAGUCUAUAUUCAAAGAAGACAUGAUGAAAUACAUUGUUUUCUGUGGUUUACUGGGAUUCGCAUUUGGUUGCAAUAGUACAGGAUAUGGAAAUGUUGCCUUCACAGCCCUGGUGUCCAAAGACAUAACAGUAGCUUCUAUGGCUGUUGUAAAGUAUGAUCACGUGUUGACAAAUUUGGGAGGAGCCUAUCAACCGAAAACUGGGGUUUUCACCGUCCCCUAUAACGGCAUCUACACCAUCUCCUGUAGCUUACUGAGUCAUCCAGCUAACUACGUUCAUCUAGAUAUCAUGAAAAACAAAGCUGUAUUGUCUACGUUGUUUGCUGCAGCCAAAACUCACCCACACUCCGGUCAGACAUUGCAGCUGGUAUUAAAGAAAGGUGACAAAAUAUGGGUUAGGAACGCUAACAACAAACCAAGAAUGCUCCAUGACCGUAAAGUGUAUAAUAUGUUUUCUGGUGUUCUAAUCCAAGAGUGUUUUGACGAUCAAUAAAACAAAACUAUGAGAGAAAAAGCA